AUGGCUCCCACCAAGCGCUCCUCCGGUUCAGCACCUCUUGCCCCAAAGCGCCCACGACUCCCAAAACGACCUGAAGAACAUGAAGAUUUACUGACUGACGAGUCUGAAAUAUCUUACCGAACAUUGACUCCACUGCCAACCCGCACUCGGAGUAGUCAAUCGACCACCGCCGCUCAAAUAACUCGGAAAGGUCUUCUCCGUUCCUCCGAAACCCCCACUGGGAGGAGCAGUCCUAGGAGGGUAGAAUUUCAUCUCCCCGAGGAUCAUACUGAUAAUUUUGAAGCGCAGGAGGAGCCUGAGGCAAUUGAGGCGCCAGAGGCAAUUGAGGCGCCAGAGGUGGAAGAAAUAGUUGAUACUAGCCACUCAGACUAUGAUGAUGCUCCGGAGAAUGACCACGAGAGCUCUGAGGAGGAUGAGGAUGAACCGGAGGAUGAACCUCAAGCCCCCCCCCCAUCUUACACCCAGAAGUCUCAGACUGUCGGAAAGAGACCUCAUACAGUUCAGCCGACUACUGCCAGAGCACUGGGCAAUGCUCGGAGGAAACCAACUGGCGCGGUAGCGGAGGUCAUUGCUUCUUCCAACGUGUCGGUGGACGUGAGGGGAACUCGAUCGGGCGCGAAAGUAAUACGUAAACAAGGUCAAGGGAGAGCAGCACCCACUUCAGCACCCAGCCAGAAUGCAUCCCAGAGAGCACUCCCUGCAUCCCAGAGAGCACCCCCAACACCCUCACAGUCUAGGCCCUCUGCACCUGUUUAUGCUCAUGAGUAUACCUCUUCUACGCGCCAUAUCGAUUUUUCCUCGAUGCGCUCUCGAUACGGGGAGUCGUCCCCCACUUACCGGACAUAUCGUUCUUCACCGCCUAGCGAGGUAAUUGGCGAGAACUCUGUGAGCAGUGGUCAGAUUCCUUCAAGCCAACUUCACGGUCAAGGUAGAUCGCGAAGAGUCUACGAAAUCGAGUACCUUUCCUCAUCUAGGGGGGGGGACGAGAGUACUCCGAUGCCGGAAAGCGAGGGUAUUUUGAUUCCGGGAAGCGAGGUUAGUAUUCUGGAAGACACUCACGACGUCUUUGAGAACACUGGCGACAUUCCUUCGAGCCAAUUGACUCAGAGGUCUGUGGUCCCUAACUCUAGGAGUGCAAAUGUGCUGUCAGUGCAGGCUCAGAGGAUUGAGAAGGAGUGUAGCGUGUUAAUCGGGGAGCAUACUCUUCUACAUGAGCCCUUUCCACCUGCAGCAAGACUUUCGGUACUGGUAGUGACCAUGUGGGCAACUGCUAGUCGCCGAGUGGGGUGUAGAGUAGACCUUGAUGAGGUCGUUAUUAAACAGGUCAGAAGUCUGCACUCCCGUGUCCGUUCCCACUUGAUGCACGAGGUGAAAGGGCGCCUGGCGGACUCUACGAUAUACGGGCUUGGAAAUUUUGUGGGGCCUGAGGCGAGGGCGGCUCAAGUGGAAUACCUUUUGAAGAAUGAUCGUUUCUUGAGCCCCCAACAGCAUUACGAGACCUACCGACUGCGCUUCCUGGCUCCGGAAAUUAUCGAUAUAUUGUAUUUUAAAUACUUCGAUGGGGUAAGAAUGCGAGGGGUUAGGGAUCCCGAAUUUCUAGAGCGGAUAACCCCUACCCUUAUUUUCCUGAUAUCGACGGCGAUCUGGCACGGCAUUCGGGCGUGGUCAACAGGGAGUUACGUGAAGCCUGAUAAUUUUCAGUCGCAGAAUGAGAGUGUUGUGAAAACGUUCAACAGGAUGAGCAACACUUGGAAUGGGAGAAGUAAACAGAACCAGGAGGCAACCUUGGAGGUAAUCAAAGAUAACCUUCGAGAAAAGAUACGAGAUAAAAAAGGGGUAACGAUUGAGAUUAUACCGGAGGAGGGUUUUAGCGAGGACGAUGAAGCUCUGGCUGCGGAUCUUGCCGCAUUCCGAGAUGCUCGGAGAACACCCACGAGUGCUCCAGGAGGUCGGGUUGAUUCCGACAGCGCCCAGGACGAAGUGAUUAAUGCCCGACUUCGCGGCAUUGACACCGAAGAGGAGGGGGAGGAGGAAGAAGAAGAGCCGGAAUUACCUGUAGCGGGGGAUUACGAAGGGGGGGGGAGGAGGAUGUGUAGAACAAUCACGAGUGCUAAGGGAGAUAGUGGGGGAUUUCUUCUGAUUCGUAUAUUGUAUUAG